AUGUUGUCGACGCUAUCUUCGGUUCUUCCCAAGCUCCCAGUUGCAAUCCCACAGGACGUAAUCCUGCUCUCUCCCUAUGGAUGGACUCUUUUUGCGCUCAUCUUUGCUCUUGUCCUUGCUGGUUACGCCCUCCCAGGGGAAAAGCAAUCGUCAAGUGAUUCGCGAAAGAAAGUCGUUGAAGCAUCAUCAACCAUGCUAGUUGCGUCUUGGCAGGUCUCGACCAACACGCCCCCUUCACCUGGACAUGUGAGCGUAUCGAAGAUUCUCGUCCAUCCAAUCAAGAGUUGCCGAGGCAUUUCUGUUCAGACUGCUCGUUUCACUCCUGAAGGAUUAGAGAACGAUAGGCUUUGGUGCAUUAUCGACGCUGUCAAGGUCAACGUGGUGACGGCCAGAGAGAUCGGAAAGAUGGUCCUUAUCACUCCUUCUAUCGAAACGGAUGGUACGCUCAAGAUCGCUUUCCCGAAAGAAUCGGGCUGUGAAGAACUCUCGAUACCUUUAAGACCAACCGAAGAUACGCUGAAGACAUGGGAUAUUCUACCCAACAUCAUCAUGUGGCCCACGCAUCCUGCGAUGGACGGUUAUAUUUGCGAAUCAAUUAUCGGGCCAAAAGGCACUGCUUCAGUAGUGUUGUCCAAGUUUAUUGGACGCCCGGUACAUCUGGCUUUCAAAGGUCCUCAACCUCGCCGCAUAGAUCCAACCACAGCUGUUCCAGAUCUCGUCGCAACCGCAAAAUAUCAAGAUAUGUAUCCACUACUCGUUUUAUCCGAAGAAAGCACAGGUGCUAUCGAGAAGGAGCUCCGUGGACAUGUCGGUACUCAAGGCAUAGAAGAAAGAUGGAAGACCGAUCGUAUAGUCAUAGAAAGAUUCCGGCCAAAUAUUAUCUUCAGAGGCGGCGGGCCUUUUGCUGAGGACAACUGGCGGGAAAUACAAAUCGGCACCGAAGGCGCUCCGCGUAUAACCCUCGUGUCCAAGUGCACGAGAUGUCUUUUGCCUAAUGUUAGCCCAGAGACAGGAGAGCGAGACAAAGCCGUCCCGUACAAGGUACUGAUGAAGUUCAGAAUGGGGCUCGAAUCGAAGCAUAGAAUGAAGGCUUGUGUAGGAUGCAACGGGGUGCCCUCCGGGGAUGGAAUAGUGAGGGUUGGGGAUCCGGUCUACAUCAGGAAGAUGGCUUAG